UUGAAUCUAAUGAUAUUGAUAAUGUUGAUUCAAAUGAAAAACAUUGCUCUGUUGGUUUUGUUGAUUUCAAUAACAGUUAUGUUGACAAUAUCACUAGCAAUUUGAUAUCACCCAGUGAUGACCCCGCAUACUGGUGUGUUAAUGAUGCAACAAGAAAUUAUAUAUCAGUUAAUGGAAUAUCUCAAAAUAUUGAAACUAUUAACUUUAUAAAAUCAAAAAGAGCAAGUAAAAAUGUUAAUUAUGGAGUUCUUAAAGUACAUUACCGAUAUUGUUCAUUAUUUUAUAUGGUCCUUCUUAAUGGUGAAAAAGUGAAGAGAAAUUACUUUGUUUACUCUGAAAGUACUGGGUCAGUAUUCUGUGCUCCUUGUAAAUUAUUUAGUUCGACAUCAGUGUUUUCAAAAGUAGGGUUUUCUGAUUGGAGAAAAGAAUUACCUCACAUAGGAAUUCUCACUCGAAAAACUAAUGUCUUAACUAUGAAAGACAGAGGAAAAGUAGCUCAAAGAAUUGAUAGUACUUUAAUAUCACAAAUAGAAGGAGAAAAUAACUACUGGAAAAAUUUUUUAAGGAGAGUUAGCAAAACUGAUAAAUUUGGUUGUAAUCAAAUUGCUUCCACACAUAGAUGGUCUGAAUUAGAAGGAACCGUGAAAAGUCCUUCAGCAACCCGUUGGUCAGCCCGUGAUGAUGCUUGUCAUUCUUUAUCCGAAAAUUGGAAUAAUAUAGUACAAGCACUACAUAAAAUUUCAAAUAAUAUUAAUGAAAAACGUUCAACAAGGUCAGAAGCUGUUAGCUUACUUAAAAAAAUCAACAGCCUUGAAACAGUAUUUAUGACAAUCUUUUGGACUAACAUUUUAGAGCGUGUAAAUAAAACCAAAAUGAAAAUUCUUUCAAAAUAUUAGAAGACAUUGCCAUAAAAUAAUCUGAAAUAUAGGAUUACAACGAUCAUAAUAAACGGAAAAGAAAAAGGAAAAUACAUACUGAUGAAAAUAAUGAUAAUGAAGUAUUAUUUUCAAAACGAGACUAUUUGAUUAUAAAUACUUAUUAUGUUAUACUUGACAAGCAAUUAUAUGAAUUAAAAAGAAGGAAACUUGCUUAUGAUGAAUUAGUGAAAAAAUUUCUUUUCUUUUUUAAGUUACAUGAAAUUACUCCAAAAAAAGUAAGAGAAGAUGCUGAAGUAUUGCAAAAAACUUACCCAAAUGAUUUAGCAAUAUGUUUUAUAAAUGAGUGUGUACAAUUUACAGAUUUUAUUAAAAAAUAACGACAAAAGUUCUUUAGUUUUUUUUACUGGGGGAGGGGGAGGCGGCAAAAUAUGUGUUGCCCUUAUCCUAAAAUUCCUAAAUACGCCACUGGCAAGCACAAUUUAUGCAUGGCAACGAUGGUGGCAAAACGUGUGCCAGUCCAUUGAUUUUGAUCCAUGGCGCUACGUGUGAGUAAGGAUCACAGAUAUAUAAACAUGUUUAUAUAUCUCUGGUAGGGAUAUCAAAAAAACAUCAAUGUUUUAAACUAAAAAAAAUCGAUGUUGAACAUCGAUGGUUAAGUUUCUAUAUUUUGCAUCGAUGUGUUACGUUUACCAAUGUUUGCUUUAUCUCUUAUGUUCAAGGAUAGGUAUUUCACAAAAUAUUUUUAAAAUUAUUCAU